AUGGUAGAAGUUAUGCAAGCUUUAGGAGCUAUGGGGGAGUUAAUAAGGCAGCAGAUAAGGAAUCAAAACGCCGCUACUGUUGAAGCCCCACCCGUAGCUCCACCCGUAAUUCCGCUAGUGGAUGUGCUACCCGUGGCCGUAGUUGAGGAUCGUAAGGUUCAAAAGAUGGUGGAACAGUUUAUCAAGUUGAAGCCACCGCAGUUCACUGGAAGCGGAGACCCUAAGGCUACCACCCAAUGGAUUGAAGGAUUGGAGAAAGUGUUCAACUUGUUUAGAUGUUCGAAUGAAGAUAAGGUGGUCCCGGCCGUCUAUCAACUAGAGGGUAACGCCAUUACUUGGUGGAGAGCUGUUAAGCAAAGAAUUUUCCCAGAAGGUACGGUCCCGGUGUGGGAUACCUUUGUGGAGGCCUUUAAUAACAAGUAUUUCUCGAGGACGGCUAGAGAGCGUAAGAUCGCUGAGUUCUUCCGCCACCGCCAGAAUCGGAUGACUGUCGAUCAGUAUAAAGCCAAGUUCUCGGAAUUGUCUAAGUAUGCCCCGAGAUUGAUUGAGGACCCUAAGGAUAGGGCUAGAAGGUUCGGGGAUGGGCUGAAGCCCGAGAUUAAAAGUAUUCUAGCGACAUUCAACCUUCGGGACUAUGAUGACCUUUAUGAGAGGGCGCCGAUAGUGGAGCAGGACUUGGGCGAGAGGACUGCCACAUCCGGGUCGCGGUUUACGUCCUCAAGUAGAUUUGAGAAGAGGCAAGGGAAGAAGCCUAUGUAUGGAGGCAGAUAUCACAUCCCACCCAAUCGCGGAGGAGCGAUCAAUAAACCUGUUUUUCGCCGCAGUGAGGUGUGCAAUCGUGUCAUCGUGAGACAUGGACCUAGUCCAUGCCCGUAUAGGAGUGGAGCCCGCUUUGGAUGUGGCCGGUUGGGUCAUCGGGUGAAUGAUUGCCUGCAAAGGAAGCGGGAAAGGCGGGCGCCACAACCGAGAGGACCACUAAGGGAAGCCACACCACAAAACUUCCGGAAUCGUCCACAGGCUCAAGGAAGGGUGUUUGCUGUCACCCGUGAGGAGGCGAAGGAUUUGCCGACCGUUACGUGUACGGUCGUCUUGCAUAAUCAAGUCGCCUAUGCUUUGUUUGAUCCGGGUGCUACGCAUUCCUUUGUUGUUGAUAGAUUUGUUAAACUGGCUGAUUUGAGUGUAGUACCAUUAGAUGUUGUUUUUAAGAUUUCUACACCUUUAAAGGAUAGCGUAGUGACUGCAAAUGGAUGUUCUAAUUAUAGGCUGGUUAUAGAUGGACAUGAAGGUAGAAUAGACUUGAUUGUACUAGAAAUGUAUGACUUUGAUAUGAUUGUUGGGAUGGAUUGGUUGAUGAAGCAAAAGGCUGUAGUGGAUUGUUAUCGUAAGGCCAUCUAG